GAGGCCGACGAAUCAAACCAGCCACCAUUUAACCCCCCACGUCAAAAAAAUCGAUUUCGCCGUCCUCCUCGCCUCGCCCCCGCCCCCGCCCUCCCCUCCCCCCCAGAUCCGCCACCGCCGCGCCCCGAUCCCCGCCCCCUCGUCUGCCGGUCGGGGGAUCAGCACCAGCGCCGAUCGAGGGGUAGGAGGAGGAGGAGGACGAGGACGAGGAGGAGGCGGGUGCGCGCGACAUGGCUGCGCCGCCGGCGAGGGCCCGGGCCGACUACGACUACCUCAUCAAGCUCCUCCUCAUCGGGGACAGCGGUGUUGGCAAGAGUUGCCUCCUUCUGCGGUUCUCUGAUGGCUCCUUCACUACGAGCUUUAUUACCACGAUCGGUAUUGACUUUAAGAUCAGAACAAUAGAGCUGGAUCAGAAACGUAUUAAGCUACAAAUAUGGGACACGGCUGGUCAAGAACGUUUCCGGACUAUUACCACUGCGUAUUACCGUGGAGCCAUGGGUAUCCUGCUUGUUUAUGACGUCACCGACGAGUCAUCUUUCAACAACAUAAGGAACUGGAUCCGGAACAUCGAGCAGCAUGCCUCUGACAAUGUCAACAAAAUUUUGAUUGGCAACAAGGCUGAUAUGGAUGAGAGUAAAAGGGCUGUACCUACUGCGAAGGGGCAAGCUUUGGCUGAUGAAUACGGCAUCAAGUUCUUUGAAACUAGUGCCAAGACAAACCUCAACGUGGAGCAAGUUUUCUUCUCCAUUGCCCGCGACAUUAAGCAGAGGCUUGCCGAGACCGAUUCCAAGCCUGAGGACAAGACAAUCAAGAUUAACAAGGCAGAAGGCGGCGACGCCCCGGCAGCUUCGGGGUCUGCCUGCUGUGGCUCUUAAGGGACGAGUCAGUGUGUCCGUGAUCAUUGUUUAUUUGACAUCAUUCGGUUCCUGCUGCUGCUUGUCUGUUAUAGGAAGAAUGUCAAUCAAGAAGAAAAUUAUGACUUAUGAUACAGAUCUGGUUGUACUUAUAUUCGCUUCCCAUUCUUUGAAGCAACUACCCUUGCCGUUGACGUAGCUGUUGCCAUUGCUGGGAGCUAUUGUACGCUGGAUUUCAGUCCGUUGAACCUCUCGCUACAGUGUGUAAUGAUUUCAAAUCCAUGCUGUUGGCUUGCUGCUGUUUCUUUCCGAGCAAUCGAUAUGCAUGGAAUAACUUGUUGUGA